GGCAGUGGAGGUCUCGGACACUUAGGAGGGGCUGUGCAGACACAGGACAUCCCCAGGGAGGGAGGUGGAGCUGCGUGCCCGACACAGGAGUGAGGAGACAUGAAUCUCCCCCUGCUCCUGCCCCUUCUCCUGCUGGGGACAGUUGCUGCUCUUCAUCUGGAGAAUGAUGCCCCCCAUCUGGAAAGCCUGGACACACAGUCAGACCUAAGCCAGAAUCUGGAAGGUUCAGGGGAGCAAGGGGGAGAGUUGGCGCUGCUUGACGAGGAGAUUCAGUCAGAGGAGGAUAUGGCCAAUUGUUCCGACAAUCCCGACAACUUUGAAGAUGAAGAGGAGGACAUGGAGUCGGACUCAGAUGACCAAGAUGAGGACAAGGACUUGCAGUGUCCCCCGGAAGAGGACGCAGUUAAACUGCCAGGCAAUCCUGGGUGCAAGGCCUGCCGCUACCUGUUGGUUCGGAAAGCUCGGUCAUUUAGAAGGGCUCAGAACAUCUGCAGGAGGUGCUACCGGGGCAACCUCAUCUCCAUCCACAGCUACAGAUUCAACUAUCGCCUCCUGUGCUUGGCCAGUAGGCUCAACCAACGCCAGGUCUGGAUUGGAGGCCAAAUCAGGGGCUGGCGCUUCUGCAAAAGAUUUCGCUGGAUGGAUAGGAGCAGAUGGGAUUUUGGAUUCUGGGCCUCGGGGCAGCCAAAGUGUGGGAGAGGCCGCUGCGUGACCAUGUUAACCAGAGGGGGCCGCUGGAAACGAGCUCGGUGCAGGAGGCGCCUGCCCUUCAUCUGCUCCUACUAAGCCAGUGGCACAGAGACCGGAUCCUGGACCCUCCUCCCUUCAUACCCUCCUGGCUGCUCCCGGGCACAGGACUUCCUGCCUCCGCCUCUUUUGGUCAUAAAUCUAAACUUCU